AUGGGAUCAUCCGGAAUGGGAAUCGAUGCCAAUGGCAAACCAAUCAAGCGCCAAGCCCCAGCCAACAAUAAUAACAAUAAGAAGGGCGGAAAUAAUCAAAAGAGAGGAAAUAAUAACCAAAACAAGAACAACAACAACAACAAUCGCAACAACCAAGGCGGAAACCAAAACCGCAACCAACAGCGUCCUCCACACCAACAACAGCCACCAAUGAUGCCAAUGGUUCCACCAUUCGGCCCAAUGGGUCCAGGAGGACCAGGCUUUAUGGGUGGACCACCAGCACCCAACGCUGGAUUCUUCAACGGUGGUGGACCGCAACAGAACCGUCGUAGCGGUGGUGGAGGAAAGAACAACGGCAAUAGAAAUGGAGCGCCACCUUCAGGAUACAAUGGACCGUCGGCGAACAAUGUGGGACAAGGAGCUGUUGGAAAUGGCUUGAGUGGUAUGCAAGCAUUCUCUGGUGCUGAACCGUCUGCAAUGGAAGUUCCAGGCUUUGGAAAGAACAGCAACAUCCACGAACUGUUCGGCAAGAUGAUCUGGCGGAAGAUGGAGCAGAUUCAGGACAGUGCGCUCGUCGAUCAACUUCAGAAUCGAAUCAUGAAUCUGAUUCAUGAUGCGCUCGCCGGACAGAACGAGAAGCAGCAGCAACAGCAACAAGGAGGAUUCAACGGCGGACCACAACAACAACAACAACAACGAGGAGGAGGCAUGCCAUUCGGAAACCCAGCGAAUCAGGGAAACUUUGGAAACACCGCCGGAUUCCAACGCUUCUAA